AUGCUGCAGGAGUUCGUGGAGCGAGUGGUGCAGGCAGGUGGCUUCCAUGCCUUCUGGCACGCACUGAAGGGGGUGGAGCUUGCAAAGCUAAAGGGCGACUUGCACUGCCUCGCUGUCAUACGGCGGAAGCUCAACGAGCUCACUUCGAAGGACUGGUGGCUGGCGGUUCAUGAUGCUGAGAAGCUGGAGGACUUGUUGCAUUCUCACCUGGAAGAAAGGAAGCGAAGAGGCGACGAUCUGACGCUGAGGCAGCGCCAGCGCCUCGUGAAGCGCUUGAAGGAGGUUGGGGGAGUCGAGAACUUCCUCGACAAGUUUGAGAAAGUGAACCUUGCCCAACUACUUCGACAGCACGAGGCUCUAGAAAAGGCGCGAAUCAAGCGCGUGUCCGUCAUCGAAGCCCUGGCAGAGAUCGGGUGGUUAGUGAAGCAUGAGGUUGAGCACCUGGAAGGGCUGUACACAGUUGCAGAAACCCUUGUGCGCUGGAGUGACCGGCACUACAGGGGUGCAGAGCCUUCUCGGCUGUGGCGGGUGCUCGCGGAUCAAGUGGCCUGGCUACUCUCUGCCAUUGAGGAGAACGGCACGCUGUUGAAGGCCACCAUCAAUCACGGUAGCAAGAACCCAGCGAAAGAGCCUGAGUUGACGCCGGCACGUCUUGCGCAGUUUCUGCAAGCCCUGCGGCCCAUGGGUGGCGUCACCGGCUUCCUGACAGCCUUUCGUGGACUGGAUUUUGCGACGGCAGCAAUCCAGGCCAGGAUACUUCACGACUCCUGUGUCCGCAGUUCAGAGACCACACGACGCUUGUCCGGCAUCUAUCGGCUGCUGCACUACAACCCUGCCCACCUCCGUGGCCUGGAGCAUUUCUUGCGAGGCUUUGCCGGCCCGGUCUUUGCCGAGGCCCAAGUGCAAGGUGGCACCGCGCAGGAUCGUCUCCGUGCUGCUGAGCGGUGGCAGCGCUUGACAUCCUUUCUCGCUGCAGCAGCAGGGCGCACGAGUGGAGGGGCGGAAGUCGAGCCCAGCUGCUCGGGGCCAGAGAGGGCGCUGGAGGUAUUGGAGUUGGGACUGCAGCUUAGUCAAGCGGUGGGGCUCAAGGUAGCUGCACAGGAUGGCAAGGACGCCUUCUACAUGCGUGCUUCCAUCUACGAUUCCUCGGGUGUCAUAGCAGAAGUUGACAAGGUGCCGUUUACACCCACCAGUGGUGGCGGGCAAACUCUUCUGAGAAGCGCGUCCAUAAACCACCACUGA